UAUGUAGAAGUCAAUGGCGCAUGUGCUCCAUGGGCUAGCUAAGCCCAGCUCCACCCUAAGCUCUCGGAUCGCUGUGCCGAGGCGAGAGUCAUGGCGGCUUCCGCUCCCGCCGCCGUUCUCCGCCGUCUCAGCGACCGGCUCGGCCUCCGUCUCCGCCGCGGCCUCGCGACGCUCCCCGACUACACGGAGACCGGCGCAUCAGCUGAUUCGCCGCAGCACCCGAACUCCAAGGACGCCUACUUCGCGGCGGUUCACCACCUUUCCACCAUCGUGCGCCGGGACUUCUACCUGGAGCGCACCCUGAACCGGCUCCGCCUCCCGUCGCCAUUCCCGCCGGACCUCGCGCUCCGCGUCAUCAAAGCCGCCGCCCCGGCGGAACCCCUCCACGCCGCGCGCUUCCUCGCGUGGCUCCGCGCCAAGCCCAACUUCUCCCCUUCCGCGGAGCACUUCGACGCCCUUCUCCUUCCCCUCGCCCGCGCGCGCCUCUUCACCCACCUCUGGACCCAGGCCUCCGACAUGCGCGCGCUCGGCCUCCCGCUCUCUCCGGCCACCUUCUCAGCCGUCAUCUCGUCCUACGGCCACUCCCGCCUCCCCGAGCAGGCCGUCGAGGUCUUCAACCGCCUGCCCCAUUUCGGGUGCCCGCAGACCACCGAGGUCUACAACGCGCUCCUCGACGCGCUCUGCUCCAACGGCAACUUCGCCGGCGCCUACAAGCUGCUCCGCCGCAUGGCGCGGAAGGGCGUGGCCCCCGACCGCGCCACGUUCAGCACCCUCGUCGACGCCUGGUGCGCAUCGGGGAAGCUCCGGGAGGCGCAGGCGUUCCUCGACGACAUGGCCUCCCGCGGGUUCCGGCCGCCGGUGCGUGGCCGGGACCUCCUCGUCGACGGGCUCGUCCGAGCUGGGCGCCUGGAGGAGGCCAAGGCAUUCGCCGUCCGUUUCACCAAGGAGGGCGUCCUCCCCGACGUGGCCACAUUCAACUCGCUCGCCCAGGCGCUUUGUGAUGCUGGUGAUGUGAAAUUCGCCGUGGGUCUUCUCGCCGAUGCUUCCAGCCGUGGCCUCUGCCCGGACAUCUCAACGUACAAAGUGAUGCUACCGGCUGUUGCCAAGGCUGGCCAGAUUGAGGAGGCAUUCCGGUUGUUCUAUGCGGCUGUUGAGGAUGGCCACCGGCCGUUCCCGAGUCUCUAUGCAGCUAUCGUCAAGGCGCUCUGCAAGGCAGGUCGCUUUGGUGAUGCUUUCGCAUUUUUUGGUGAUAUGAAGUCCAAAGGGCACCCACCAAAUCGGCCUGUCUAUGUGAUGCUUGUCAAAAUGUGUGUGAGGGGUGGUCGAUUCUUGGAUGCUGCAAACUACCUUGUUGAGAUGAGCGAGGCUGGGUUCGCGCCACGGGUGCCAACAUUCAACGCUGUAGUUGAUGGGCUACGGCAUCUUGGGAAACAUGACCUAGCCCAGAGGAUGGAGCAGCUUGAGAUGUCGCUAAAGGGAAAUUGAAUGAAUCGGGAAGCACAUGCAGUGUUCUUGUGCGGUUUGCAUUGCGAAUUUGAUGGUCAAGUGCUGGAUUUUCAGGAAGGUGCUUUCCUAUUCAAUUGAAUACCAACUUUGUGCUCCAUGAAAAUCCAUAUAGGAUAAAUCCGGGAGCCAUGUCACCUGGUAUGAUUUGAGGGACCAGUUUAGAAAUAGUGCUGCCUGCUGACAAUGUUUGCUGAAACUUGAAGGCAAGUCAUUUAUCUUUGUACGGCUAAGUGAAGUAGUGAACAUUCACAAAGCAACACCAAAACAUUUUAGCAGUUCAAGUAUUCAAAUCAAUACACAAUGGAAGUCUUCUGUUGAUCAUGAACAACCAUGCGUCAAUUCCUACAUAGUUGGGUACUUGGUGUUUCAGCUUCACCUUUACCCUUCAUGAGCAUCGAACACUAGGACUCUCAUGCACUUGGUGCCUUGAUGGAUAGUCCAGCUACCAUUGUCUUAUGGUGUUCUGAGCUAAGCUACAGUGAGAUCGCGAGAACAGGGAUAUGAUCUUCUGACAGGAAACUGAACGGAUCAAAACUGAAUGAAUGUGUGUUCUUGAUGUCACGCGACCAAACCAGCCGGGUGUGUGGUGGCUCGACGUUUGCAACUUGACAAUGAACCACCGUGUCUCCUGAACAACUUAUGUGAGGAACUUCCCUGUGAUUUGGGCGAGGGAGGUUGUAUUGUGUCUGAUUCCUGCCUUCUGCUUAGCAACCCCAGACUCAGAAUCAGGGCUUGCUUUAAAUGACCAUGAUUUGCUUGUAACAACUCAGGCAGGACUACGGAGAGGGGGGAGUGCUUUGAAGGCAGGUGCUCAGCUACAACAGAAGACACUGCUGAAGAGUCUUGUAAAAAUGCAUUCGUGAUGCAGAUGCUGUAAUUAAGUGGAGGUAGCCUGUUCAACUUCCAGCAAUGGAAAUAGUGUAGGAACUUAUUCGGUCCAAAGGAAAGGCUCGUUCUCAAGAGGGACAGGCAAACCUCAAGAUCACAUUUAUCUCUCCACCUGUUUUUACACUGUUUUGCUUUCGUGUUUUGCUUUCGUUACACUGCCAAUCUGUCCUGAGAACACUAAUGCUAAUACUGUAGUUCUUCACUUCGA